AUGACAGCCUAUAAUGACAUUCCACUCACACAAACCCCAAUUUCCUUACAGAAACAACGUAAAUCCUCAUGGAGACCUUCUCUUCGAAAAUUCGCUCCACCAUUAGAUAUUCGUAUCCAACCAACACCUUAUAUCCACAAUACUUAUACUCACUUUUCACAAACAUCUCCUACUAGUACUAGUAAUAGUAAUAGUAAUAGCAAUAGUAAUAAUAAUACCACCCAGGAAAUCAGCCCAACUCCACCACCAGUAGCACCUUACUCUCUAAAAACUCGCCAUGAAAAAUCAUUUGCAAACCAAUCAUGUUGUUUCUGUGAAGAAUCUCUUGAAAUCCAACUAACAAAUGAACGUGUUUUGGCUUUAGAAUGCUCCCACGUUUGCCAUUUCGGAUGCUUACUUCUCUUUGCUGAAAAGGACCCUGCCCUCUUUGAUAAUGUUAACCCUGAUGCUGCAAUGCCUGAUUGCUUAUUGUGUAACCAAAAAGCUAUCCCACUUGAUAAUACAAUCUAUAAAGAACUUUGCAGACAAAUAGUAUUGGCCCCAGACUCUUCUUCUUCAGAAUGUUCAGAAGAUUAUGCAUUCAUUCUACAAGAUAUGACUCCAAUAACCCUCCCACAACAACAACAACAACAACAACAAGACCUCAUCUCUUCACCUAAAGAUAUGCUUGAUUCAAUCGAAGCCCAGUCCUCCCCAGUAGCCCAUUUUACAGAUUCUGCCCGCCUCCACAAACAAUCAACAACAAUGCAAUUUGCUAUAGCCCCUUGGGAAUCUGAAGGUAUAACGCCGCGCACGGCAGACUCUGAAACAAACCUUCUUUUUAGCGACCGAGAUUCUCACACUGACUCCUUCUACACUGAAAAAACCUCAUCCCCCUUCAAAAGUAUCAUUUCAAACUCUUCCUCUCUUUCUGGAAUAGCUAGUAUCCUCAAUACUUUUAAAAAUCAGGAAAUCUCAGCUGGUAUUCCAGAUGAAAUCCUUAAAGCCCGCCUAAGGCGUUACAAACUCCCCUCCGUCAUACUUACCCCAGAACUUGAAACAGUCUUUGUCCCAGAUCAAUCAUCAGAUACUUUUAUCACUACCCUCGUCACAGUCGUCUCCCCUCCUAAACCAGAACUCUCCCAAAAUGAUCCUUAUCUCAAUCAGCCUCAAGAAAUUGAUUCCAAGGUCCGCGCUGAUCUUACCCAACAUGUCAAGGAUUCAGUCCCAGACUGGAAACAACUCGAACUCUCCGAGUUUGGUACCCUCCGUCUUCAUGAUAAAUUCUCAAUCUCUGCAAACCAACAAAAAUGGAAACAAAACUUGGAUUGUUUCCUUUUUGAAAAUACACUCAUUUUUGUUCGUGUUUUCCCAAACCUCCCAUGUGCCCUCCGCCGUGCCCCUCAACUCAUGGGUAUAGUCAAUAUCCGCAAACACUUGAUUUCAAUUACUUUCCCUCCCUCCAUGCCUAAUGACGAUCCAAAAGAAUAUAAAAUGACCCUCAACUUGGCAACCCCAGAUGUGCCCACCAUAUACCUCAAAACUUCAGACAUUAUCUCUUAUGAAAAUUGGCAUACUGCUUUGAUGAACUGGGGUCAUGUUUUCCCUCUUACUCGGCUUGUUCCACCAGAUGACUAUGAAGGCCAAUCAAUUGCUUCUCAAAUGUUCCCAGACUCGGAACUCGUCCCAUCGUCUCCAAGAGCUCCAACUACUUCACAUAUCCCCACUGAUACCGUCAUCAUGGUCCCCAUUGCUGGCUCACCCAUGGGAUCAAAAUUUUUCGCUAUUAAAGAAACAAUCUCUGCCAUUAUUUCUGAAAUGCAACUUUUCGACCGUAUUGCCUUGGUCCCAUAUGGUGGUGGCACUUCUUCAAAAUCUCUCAACAGAAAUAGUAAUCCAAACGAGCUUUACGGCCUGGCAUCAGGACCAUGGAAAGGCUGGCCUUCUAUCGUAGAGUCUCUAGGACCUAACGGCAUGCACGGCUCAAGAGCUGAUAUGAUUGAUGGUCUUGAGCGUGCCCUAACUGUUUUAGAUGACCGCAAGUCCAUGAACCCAAUUUCUUCAAUAUAUGUCAUUUCAGACUCAGCGGCAACAACUAUCGGGGACCCAACAAAUCUGGAUCAGGGAAUUGAGCGCGUGGUCAAUAGAGCCACGGCUGCACAUGUCAAGAUUAACACCAUUGGUGUUACUAUGAACCACUUGGCCGAUGAUUUGGAUGUUUUAUCAACACGCACAACUGGCACUUAUGUUUAUCUGCGCAAAUGGGAGGAACUUCAACGUGCAAUGCUUAGAAGGUUUCGUGCAACCCAGGAAAUGGCUUAUUCAGAGGUAUCUCUUUGUAUCGAUUUGCUUAAAGAUGCCCGCGAGUCUUCUGACGAUGAUUUGGUGGUGAUUUCUGAAAUUUCAGGACAUUCAAUUGAUAAAACUCCAGUGUCUCAAGCUGAACCUUUACCCUCACCUUUAUUACCAUCACCAACAUCCACAGAGGAAAUGCCACUCCAAGAACGAGUUAAGGAACAUUUAGUCAAACUAGGUGAUAUGGCUGCAAAUGAAACUAGAACAUUUUUAGUCCAAGUUAGAGUCAGACACAGUGUCAUUGCUUCGGCUAGUGAAAAGCCAGACCCCGUGUUGCACCUCUUUAACGCAAGCUUGUCUUAUGUUGGUUACACAACUUCGUCCUAUUCCUCUGGCGAUGUUUACUUUUUACCCAUUGGUGAGGCUGCUAUACCCAUUGAGUCCAAUUCCCCAGACUUGAUUUUCCCACUUUCCCCAUCAGAGUCGAGGCUGCCCAACCGCAUGUCGCGUGCUAGCUUAGCAAGCAGCGUUUAUAGCCCAUAUGAAGCUGAAUCAUAUUAUAGUGGAAGCACAUUGAGUCUCGAACGCCAGCUACAACUAAAACGUGAGACUCCACGCAGCUCUGGUCGCUGGUUCUUGGCUUCUACUGAUAAACCUUCGAUUUUGUUUGGCGAGCUAGUUAGAAGCCAUGCCGGUGACCGCUCAAGUGUUUACAGUACCCAGUCGGUUUAUCUUUCUUUGGAACUUUAUGAUGUACGUGUAGUACAACGACGAAUUGAACUGACAGCUGCAAAUUUGUUGGAAUACAUUGUUAGGGCAGGAUACGGCGAUGAGUCUAAACGACUAAGUACGGGGACUCUGGAUCAAGCACAACAUGCAAGUAUUGCCAAGGUACUUGAAAAUGUGCGCGAGGGCAAGGGAAUUAUUCACGGGUUACUUGGUUGUGCGGUUGCACAACUGCGUGAUGCAGAGGGAAUGCGGUAUACCCGUGUAGUUGGUCACAAUUGGGACGAGCAGCUGGAUCUGUCGUCUAAUAAUGAAGACGCACGAAUAGUUUUAAGGACAAAGGAAAUUGUGCAAGCUGUGGACCAAGUUUUGGCAGCCGUCACGGACCUGUUGGAACGUGCAGAAAUGAAUACGUUUAAGCAGGAUUACCGAAAGUUGCUUAUGCAGUAUAUUGGCGUGUUAAGGUUACAACGCGCGUAUAUUGGGCGGACUGCUCUUGAGAAAUUGUACUUGUAA